AUGUGUACACGAGAUUAUUAUAGUGGAGAAUUUUUCGUGUCCGCUCAGGUGUGUCACGAAUCCAGCGCCUCCCUCGGUACCUCUCGGAGAAGCAUUACACCAGACCGGGUCCAUGGAUGGGAGUUGUAUGGGGCACUAAGUCACAUUAAGACGACCCCUCGGGGAAUACCUAUUAGGAGUACCGACAGGGUGCUGACUGUCCCUCCUCCUGAUACAAGAAACCGUCAUAGUCCUGCUAGUCCUCUAAACGACAUCAAUAAAGUGAACCGUCAUAGUCCUGCUAGUCCUCUAAACGACAUCAAUAAAGUGAACCGUCAUAGUCCUGCUAGUCCUCUAAACGACAUCAAUAAAGUGAACCGUCAUAGUCCUGCUAGUCCUCUAAACGACAUCAAUAAAGUGAACCGUCAUAGUCCUGCUAGUCCUCUAAACGACAUCAAUAAAGUGAACCGUCAUAGUCCUGCUAGUCCUCUAAACGACAUCAAUAAAGUGAACCGUCAUAGUCCUGCUAGUCCUCUAAACGACAUCAAUAAAGUGAACCGUCAUAGUCCUGCUAGUCCUCUAAACGACAUCAAUAACGUGGUGGUUAUACGGGUUACGGGUUUAUAUUUAUCUCAGGAAUACUGGGAAAAACGUCCCUUAUUGUUGCCGGAGUGCUGGCGGGUGUACUCUGUGUCAUACUGCUGUUCGUUAUACCAGUCGUUUGUUACAUCAGACGUAAAUCGCCACAGUCUUCAACAAACAGUAGACAACCACCCAAACCUAUGGCCAAUGGCAUUCCCAGGCACAAGAAACCGACAACAGAAUGGGAUCCCUAUGUCCAAAAUGAAUGGACGAACUCACAGUCCACGACAUAAUUAUGACCCCCCAGGCUCAGUGAGAAUGGCCCCAGUCCACCAUCCUCAUGUAGGACCCGUGCCAAUGGUUGGCACCUUUCGGGGACCACCCCCUCGGCCGAUUAUCAUCGGAACGACGUCAUACUCCAGGGGAUCUUAUCCGACAGGGAUGUAUCCGAUGGAGAAUCCACACAGAGGAAGACACACAAGAGGAACACAUUCCAGCGGAUAUCCAUACAUGGCCCACAUGGGUCACAUGGCGCCAUCACAGUAUCCCCCUAUGGCCUAUCCUUACUUCUUCGGUCAGCAGUAUCCAGUCCAAGUUGUGUACGUGUCGGACUCUGAUGAGAGUGACUCUACCGCCUCAGGAAGGUCUACAGUACGCGAGAGAAAAUCUAGGUAUCAUCGCCAGUUCGUCUCUCCUAGAGUUCCCUCCACGAUAGUUAUCAACGAUAGUUCCUCGGAAACAGUUAUCUCAGGAGAAAUGGAUGAAGAUCGAGAAGCGUCGAGACAGCCCCGCGAUGUCCAGAGAAAACGACCAGACUCCCCUUUAAGAGAGGAGCCUGUGGUGUUGCGGGAUCGAUCCCCGUCCCGUUCUCGCUCUCGUAGCCCGCCUACGAUGCCAUUCUAUCAGGAUCUGAGAACGACGACACGACCCCCAGAAAGCCCAGCACGUAAGGACGAAAAUGAGGUUAGCUCUGAGUUCGGUAUGUUUCACCCAGCAGCUGGACCAAAAUCAGGGGACGUAAUUUACGCUCCGAAGAGUAACAAACCUAAGGAACGGGAUCCGAGUCCAGAACCUGAAGGUUACACCUACGCUACUGUUAUCAAACCUCAACCAGUGAAAGCCAAGAGUCGACAAUCAGAUGACUGGGGUGAGCCGGACCAAGAUCUUGGUCCUACGUCACAAAAUAUUGGUUUGUCCAUGUCGGAACGCCUACAGGGCAUCGUUGAGGACGGCUGGGGCACGAAUCCUCCAACAGAGAUGCCAUCUCAAGAUCUUUCGCGGAGAAACGGCGACGUUGACAUUCGAAAAUCUACAAGAGAAGAUAAUGAAGAUGCUUUUCCGCAAACUAGACAGCCCGAUGAGAAUCCAUACACACGUACCGUCAGUAGAUCCCCACCACCCUCACCUCCUCUGGACAUCCCUAGUGCCGCAGCAUCUCCGCGAGAAUCCUUCAUCAGGGACUACCCCAACAGUGAGCCGCACUCACCCGAUAGACCCGUCACCCCACCAUUCGACGGAAUCACGCCGAGACCUUCGGUCAAGUCCAGGUCAGAAUCACCCCCUCGACCGAGUACUUCGGCCAAUCCAAUGUCACAAUCACAGAGCGAAAGAGCACACAGGUCCAUGUUUUCUAACGACGUCCUGAAGGAGCUAAAACAACGGCAGAAAUCAACCGAGGAUUUAGUCGAUGAUGACGACUCUCAUUCAAGAUCUGUAAACUUUUCACCGUCACCCCCUACUAUAAUAUCACAGGACAAUUCAGUUGCUCCCCCUCCCCUGCCUGCUGGUAUACCUGUCCCUCCCCCUCCUCCUCCCUUACCGCUAUAGAUGGCCUAUUAUAACUGUGCGCCACUCCAUAUGCUAUACACUA